GAUGCCUGGGCGAUCCAUGGGCUGCAGCGAGGGCCGCGAUGACAGAUUACGGCGAGGAGCAGCGCAACGAGCUGGAGGCCCUGGAGGCCAUCUACCCUGACUCCUUCACAGUAUUAUCAGAAAAUCCACCCAGCUUCACCAUUACCGUGACAUCUGAGGCUGGAGAAAAUGAUGAAACUGUCCAGACUACCCUCAAGUUUACAUACAGUGAAAAAUACCCAGAUGAAGCUCCCCUUUAUGAAAUAUUCUCCCAGUUAAAUCUAGAAGAUGAUGAUGUUUCAGACAUUUUAAAAUUAUUAGCAUUACAGGCAGAAGAAAACCUUGGUAUGGUGAUGAUCUUUACUUUAGUGACAGCGGUGCAAGAAAAAUUAAAUGAAAUAGUAGAUCAAAUAAAAACUAGAAGAGAAGAAGAAAAGAAACAAAAAGAAAAAGAAGCAGAAGAAGCCGAAAAGCAAUUAUUCCAUGGCACUCCUGUUACAAUUGAGAAUUUCUUAAGCUGGAAGGCCAAGUUUGAUGCAGAACUCCUGGAAAUUAAAAAGAAGUGAAUGAAAGAAGAACAAGCAGGAAAAAAUAAAUUAAGUGGGAGACAGCUAUUUGAAACAGAUCAUAAUCUCGACACAUCUGAUAUUCAGUUCUUGGAAGAUGCUGGAAACAACGUGGAGGUAGAUGAGUCUUUGUUCCAGGAAAUGGAUGAUCUGGAGCUGGAGGACGAUGAGGAUGAUCCAGACUACAACCCUGCUGACCGGGAGAGCGACUUGACCGACUAGUGGACUGUGCCCGUCUGCGGAGGCUCGACUGCCACAGCAUCUGUGGCUAUGCUCAGAGGGUGUUGAUUUUCCUUUCUUUUUUUCUAAGAAAAAAUAAUUUUCAGGAGAAUAGUCUUCUGAUGGCUUUCAUCAUUGAACUUAAUA